UCACUCACCGGAGAAAACCAAUCAAUCAAUCCUUCUUCUUCUCGCCGGCGAUCAUGGCUACACUUCAUGACAAGCCGAACGUCGUCAUCCGAUCAGUCUGGUCCAACAAUCUCGACUCUGAAUUCGAUCUCAUCCGAUCUUUAAUCGUCAAAUUUCCUUACAUCUCAAUGGACACUGAAUUCCCCGGCGUAGUCUUCCGUCCGCCGCCGUCUGUUGGAAGAAAUCCUUACCAUCUCCGUCCCUGUGAUCACUACAAGGUUCUGAAAGCGAAUGUUGAUGUUCUUAAUUUGAUUCAAUUAGGUCUUACUCUAACUGAUUCCGCCGGUAAUUUACCUGAUCUCGGAACUGGAAAUCAACGUUUCAUAUGGGAGUUCAACUUCCGCGACUUCAAUCCGGCGCGUGAUUUACACGCUCCGGAUUCCAUCGAACUCCUCCGGCGACAGGGAAUCGAUUUCGAAAGGAAUUGCACCGACGGCGUUGAUUCCGUUAAAUUCGCUCAACUCAUGAUGACGUCGGGACUGCUCUGUAACGACGCUGUUAGCUGGGUUACUUUUCACAGCGCGUACGAUUUUGCGUACUUGGCGAAGAUACUCACGCGCCGUCUUCUUCCCAGGGAUAUAAAUGACUUUUUGGAGAUUCUUAAAUUUCUGUUUGGAAAUAGAGUUUAUGACGUUAAACAUAUGAUGCGGUUCUGCCAGAGUCUCUAUGGAGGAUUGGACCGGGUUGCUAGUAUGCUGGAUGUGAACCGGGCGGUUGGGAAGUGCCACCAGGCCGGUUCUGACAGCUUGUUGACGUGGCAUACAUUCCAAAAAUUGAACGAGGUUUAUUUUCUCCAAGGUGGCUCUGAACAAUAUGCUGGUGUUCUAUUUGGUUUGGAAGUUUUAUAAAUGUUAUGGAUUCUUUAUUAAAUAAAAUUGAUUUCAUUAUUUGAUUAAUACAAGAAAGCUGUUAAUAUUGCAUAUUA